UGGCGGUGUGUUGAUAGCUUACGCUGGUUUACUUUAAUCAUUGCUGUUGUUGCAUUAUAGGUUGAGUAUCUGACACCGCUUUACUUAAGUGUCUCUCCGACAUCCAAGUGUUUAGUGGAACCACGCUUCCAGUGCUGUGAAAUAACAAAUUGCCCAUUCAGAAAACAGGAGAGGAGGAAAAAAAGUCCGCACAGAACGGGUUUCCCUGGAGUGGAUGUGUCAGCCUGCCCCCCCUGCCCUGCGUCUUCAGACCAAUGGCAGUGUGACCAUGGUGGGUGUGGGCGUGAAACUGGAGGAAGAGGAGGGGCCUGGGGAUGCCGGAGAUUUGAGCUUGGAGCCCCAGCGAGUCUCGCCCUGUGAUUGGUCCAUGCAGCCGCCCAAUGAGAAAGCGGAAGUCCGAAUUGGAACCCCACCCAGCACCCACUCUCCCACGGAGGGCUCCCCCAGGAGAGAACACACACACAGGCCAAGCCCCCCGGGUCAGAACGCGGGAAGGGGCAGUAACUACAGAGCUGAUGCUCAGCCCAACGUUGGGGAAGUGGUGCCUACUAUAGAGAAGCUCCUGGGUGGAGACUGGAGGGAGAGGUUUUUGGGGAAGGGAGCUGUGAGUGGCCCUCAGCUGAAAGGCACUCCGGAGAGCCUGGCGGAGAAGGAGCUCCAGCUCCUGGUGAUGAUAAACCAGCUGUCCACCCUGAGGGAGCAGCUGCUGGGGGCCCACUCUGAGCAGCGUAACAUGGCCGCCCUGCUCCUGGAGAAGCAGCAGCAGCAGAUGGAGCUGGCCCGGCAACAGCAAGAGCAGAUUGCCAAGCAGCAACAGCAGCUGAUCCAGCAGCAACACAAAAUCAACCUGCUGCAGCAGCAGAUACAGGUGAGGCACACACAGCAGGUGAACAUGCCUUAUGUGAUGAUCCCUGCCUUCCACCACAAUGCCCAGCCUCUCCCUGUCACCUCUGAGUCACAGAUGAGCCUGCCGCUCCAGCCAAUCCCCUGCAAGCCAGUUGAGUAUCCCAUGCCACUCCUUCCAAACCCCCACUCCGCCCCUGGGAAAAGUGGUACAGUCCACCGACAGGAGACGAGUCAGCCACUCAACCUGACCUCCAAGCCGAAGGGCAUGGAGCUGGGGAAGACGCCCAGCCCUCAGACCCUGGAGCUGGGCUCCGUUCACCUGCAGGGGGGGUACGGGCCCCGGGACCUCCAGCAUAGCCCCCCCCGGCCGCUCAGCCUGGGGUUCCUGGGGGAGGGGGACGUGGUGACCCAGGCCAUUCACGACGCCCGGCAGCUGCUCCGGGGUCCCGGGCCGGCGACCCACGAAAGGAGCCGGGAGAGGGAGAGAGACCUCAUCACGCGCAAGGAGGUGUCCCGGGUGGAUCGGCUGGCCCUUGGGGAGAGGUGUGGAGACCCCCAUGGACACAGAGCUGGCGAAGACCACCACAGCAGUGACUCUGAGGCGGGGACCAUGACGACCCCAGGGCCGGGCUUUGCUGAGGUCCGCACCCCGUCCUCGGGACACAUCAAGAGGCCCAUGAACGCCUUCAUGGUGUGGGCCAAAGACGAGCGGCGGAGAAUCCUGCAGGCCUUCCCCGACAUGCACAACUCCAGCAUCAGCAAGAUCCUGGGCUCGCGCUGGAAGUCCAUGUCCAAUCAGGAGAAGCAGCCGUACUACGAGGAGCAGGCCCGCCUCAGCCGCCAGCACCUGGAGCGUUACCCCGACUACAAGUACAAGCCCCGCCCUAAGCGCACCUGCAUCGUGGAGGGCCGGCGGCUGCGUGUGGGCGAGUACAAGGCCAUGAUGAAGAGCCGUCGCCAGGAGCAACGCGCCUCCUACCCGCCCAGCCAAUCAGAUCAGCAGCUUCAUUAUCCCUCCGGUGACGUUCAGUACCCCAGCCCGCCAGUGUCCAUGGCAACGCUCCCCCUGCACCCCGCCCUGCUGGAGCGGUAUCUGCCCCGGGGCCUGGACCCCCCCCAGCCGCGGCCCCUGGAGGGCCAAGGGGCCCCAGAGAGACACCCCUACAGUGAGGGUGAGGACAGUGACGGGGUUAUCUACUGCAGUGAUCGCAUGGGCUGACGUGCUAUUCAGGGAUCAGAAGAUGAGCUUUGGCCAGAAAACCUUUCAUGUGCACUUUUUCAUUUGUCUUCAUAAAUCCUUCAAUUACUUAAAAUCCUCAUUCUUCUGCUGUAUUACAAAAUGUGCUAACUUGGCCACUGUCCAUUAAUACAUUACAAAAUACAAUACAUUAUAAAUACAAUCUAAAUACUAGACAUUAUAAAUACAAUCUAAAUACUAGACAUUAUAAAUACAAUCUAAAUACUAGACAUUAUAAAUACAAUCUAAAUACAAUACAUUAUAAAUACAAUCUAACCCAGCCCUAGCAGUCACCUCUAUGCAGCCUGUGACUUCUUCUCUCGCUGCUUUCUGUCACUCAUUUUCCUGUUUGCCACACAGGAUUCUGGGAAAUCAGUUGAGACAUUGGUGCUUUUCAGGCCUCCAAUUGUGGAGACCAAGCAGUGUGGCUGAAGCAUUUUAUCAGUUUAUUCUUCUUAUCCACUGCUUUUAAUGUCUUUGGUGAUGUAAGGCAAUGUGGGGCUAGUCCAUUAUGCACAAUGUGAAACUCUUGUGAAGCGUUUAUAUUUCUGGGCAUUCUGCUGUCAGGUGUCAGUCCGCACUUGUGUGUCACUUAAAAUGGCGGCCAAAUCCAGCAACGCAUUUUUGCGCAUUUUGCCACGCCAAUGCUAGUGGGAAACGUUCCAUCAUAAUUAUUUUUAUUUUUGUAGCAGAGAAACAGAACUUAUUGCCAUGUUCUCACUCAUAUUAUUUGAAUUUGCGAUGUAAUUGCAAUGCGCAAGCGUGCAACUUCGUACAAGAGACAGAAAAGUCAGACGAUUCAAAACACUGCCGGUUAUUCAAACCACUGUGGUGUUUUUUUUUUCCCCCAAUGCAAAUUUGUUCCCGUUGCCUCCAUUGUGAUACUGUCAUUGUGUUUAUCGGUUUGCAUUUUAAAAUAGGAGAAAAAUGUUUGACUUGUAAAGCAGGCAGUGAUGAAGUUCUAAUCAAAUGUCAGUUCAUAAGUACAGCAUGUUGGACUUCUACUUCUGCCGUAGGCUUCAGGUGUGGUUUGUACUAUGAACGUUCUGUCUCGAGCCCGGAUGAACCGAGUUUUUACUGGAACGGUCGGUACAGUGGGGUGGUUAAUAAUAAACAUGCGGUUAGCGCUGAGGUAGGGAAGUAUGUCCGCUCAGAGGGAAAGAGGAGAACAGUAUAGCCCCUGUUGGAGAUAUAUUUGUACAUCAAGUAAAGGAAAUGUAAGAAAAAAAGAAAAAAAACCUAUUAUGAAAUAGUCAGAGGAUUCGGUUUCUGCAUUUGGUGGAGGGAAUGGCUUCCCCUUUGGGUCUUUCAGGAAACAGCACCCCCUGCUGACGAGAAUUGGGACAAUAUUUAUUUUCUGUGCGCAUUUUCACAUCUCUACAGAUCUUGUAAUGGCUCCCAUAAUGUUGUAUUACGACUGCAAAAUGGUUCUUAAUUAAGAGCCGGAGAAGGUUCAGGCCAAUGGCUGAGGAGAUGUAUGCCAGCACACCAUUAUGCAUAAAAUGGACCCCCCUGGUACACCCAGUAGCUCUUGACCAUGACCGGCACUGCCCAUGUCUGUUAUUUUCGUUUUCAUAAUUGUUGUUUGUACACAUUUUUUAUCUUUUUACGAGAAGCCACUCUUAUUUUUAGCUGCACUAGACCUGGGUCAAAUGUGUAUUUAAAGUAUUGAAAUUACUUUCAAAUACUUUUGAUAAAAUACAUAGCAUUUGAAUUUAUACAUUAUCUGAAUGCAUUCUGAAGUGAAAUUAUUUAAAUAUUUGUAUUUAGUUACAACUUAUUUGGUCUUCUAGUUUUAUCAUAGUUGGUAGCUACUGUAGAUUAGCAUCAUUGCUGCACUUUUUUAUUCAAAAUAGACUUAAAAGCAGAGCCCCAUUUAUAUUUUCCAAAGCUAAUCAGAAGGCUUUUAUAAGAAAACGGUAAGCAUAUAGAAAAUAUCUCAUAUUGAUGAACAUAAAUUAUAACAUUUUUCCAUACUGUCCAUGAUAGUUUCUUUCCUCCCGUCUUGAGCAGUUUUUGAAAAAUAGUUUCAUGUAACAGUUGAAACUAAAAAAAGUAAAACAUUUUAAAUGACUCGAAUACAAAAUACAUGCUUGGGCCAGUGUAUUGGAAACACUUUGAAUGCAUGCAUUUUUAUUUUCAGUUACAUAUAUUAAAAUACAUUUAUUUGACCCAGAUCUGGAAUCCUCCCAGUAAUUUGAAUGGCCACAUCGAUCUGAGUUUUCAGUUUCUAAUGCAACCAUAGAGUAGAUAUGGAGGUUAUGGGGAUAGCCAUAAAAAUAUAUAUAGAUUUUAUUUUAUUUUUUCCAUCCUCGAGGGUCACUUCUUUUACUUGUGUAGCAAGCUUGCACUCUGUAAAGAUAAGGCUGCCUUGUGUAAUCAAACAGAAAACCAAAAAUAACUAAACCACCUUAUACCAGAAUUGGCCAACUGUUGUAAAACCUCGUGCUGUAAAUAUAGAUAUAGACUUCUAUUUUGUUUAUAAGAGCCUGUGUAAUUUAAAGGUGUACAUUUCCUGGUAACUUUUCCCCAAGCUCUGUGUUUGUUUUUGAACGUAAUAAAUAAAUUUGUAUUGUUGUGCUA